ACCGAUCCUUUCUCCUCCUUCGGAAACCUCCCGCCCAGCUCCCCGCGUCUCGGACAGGAGGCGCUGGGACCCCGGGACAGGGCGCCAGGCUUGCAGCUGGUGACAUGUAGAUUCCUUUCUCUGCCACCCCCCUUCCCCGCGGUCCAGCCUCGGAACCCGGGCGCCCUCCCGCCCUGAAAGUUUGGGGUUGGGCGCCAUGGCCAAGAUCAGCUCCCUGAAUGUCCGCGUGGUGGAGGGCCGGGCGCUGCCCGCCAAGGACGUGUCUGGGAGCAGUGACCCCUACUGCAUCGUGAAAGUGGACGACGAGGUGGUGGCCAGGACAGCAACUGUCUGGCGGAGCCUGAGCCCCUUCUGGGGGGAGGAGUACACGGUGCACCUGCCCCUGGAUUUCCACCAUCUGGCCUUCUAUGUGCUGGACGAGGAUACGGUCGGGCAUGACGACAUCAUCGGCAAGAUCUCGCUGAGCAGGGAGGCAAUUGCCGCUGACCCCCGAGGAAUUGACAGCUGGAUUAACCUGAGCCCCGUGGACCCAGAUGCCGAGGUGCAAGGUGAGAUCUACCUGGCUGUGCAGAUGCUGGAAGGUGUGCAGGGCCGCUGUCUUCGCUGCCAUGUGCUCAAGGCCAGGGACCUGGCCCCCCGAGACAUCUCCGGCACAUCUGACCCAUUCGCGCGUGUAUUUUGGGGCAGCCAGAGCCUGGAGCCGCAGACCAUCAAGAAGACUCGCUUCCCACACUGGGAUGAGGUGCUGGAGCUGCGGGAGAUGCCGGGCGCCCCCUCCCCACUGCGGGUGGAGCUCUGGGACUGGGACAUGGUGGGCAAGAACGACUUCUUGGGCAUGGUGGAGUUCCCCCCGAAGGUCCUGCAGCAGAACCCACCCAACGGCUGGUUCCGUCUCCUGCCCUUUCCCAGAGCUGAGGAGGAUUCUGGGGGGAGCCUGGGUGCCCUGCGGCUGAAGGUGCGCCUCCUGGAGGACCGCGUGCUGCCCUCACGGUGCUACCGGCCCUGGCCGCCCCGCUUCGGGGAAAUCUGUCUGAGCUGCCCCGGAGAGGACGUCUCCAGCCCCCUGGCCGUGCUGGAGGAGCUGACCUCGGGGGACUGCCGCCAGGACCUUGCCACCAAGCUGGCGAAGCUGUUCCUUGGCCAGGGUCUGGCUGGGCCCUUUCUGGACUAUCUCACCCGGCGGGAGUUGGCGCGGACCACCGACCCCAACACCCUCUUCCGUUCUAACUCCCUGGCCUCCAAGUCCAUGGAGCAGUUCAUGAAGGGACUGGGCUCUGAGACAGUCCCUCUGCCCCACCCCGCCAGGAGGCUUUCCUUCAAGGGCACGUCCUCAGAGGAGCACGUGCGGGAGGCCAGCCUGGGGCUGCUGAUGGGCUACCUGGGGCCUAUCGUGGACGCCAUCGUGGGCUCCGUGGGGCGCUGCCCGCCUGCCAUGCGCCUGGCCUUCAAGCAGCUGCAUCGGCGUGUGGAGGAGCGCUUCCCCCAGGACGAGCAUAAGGACGUCAAGUACCUGGCCAUAAGUGGCUUCCUCUUCCUGCGAUUCUUUGCACCUGCCAUCCUCACCCCGAAGCUGUUUGACCUCCGGGACCAUCACGCAGACCCCCAGACCGGCCGCUCACUGCUGCUGCUUGCCAAGGCUGUGCAGAGCAUCGGGAACCUGGGCCAGCAGCUGGGCCAGGGCAAGGAGCUGUGGAUGGCCCCCCUGCACCCCUUCCUGCUGCAGAGCAUCUUACGUGUGAGAGACUUCCUGGACCAGCUGGUGGACGUGGAUGGGGAGGAGGAGGCUGGGGGCCCGGCCAGGGCCCUGGUCCCGCCCUCCGUGACGGUCCGAGAAGGCUACCUGCUGAAGCGCAAGGAGGAGCCCGCCAGCCUGGCCACACGCUUUGCCUUCAAGAAGCGCUACUUCUGGCUCAGCGGGGAGACCCUCUCCUACGCCAAGAGUCCCGACUGGCAGAUGCGCUCCUCCAUCCCCGUGUCGCACAUCCGCGCCGUGGAGCGUGUGGACGAGGGCGCCUUCCAGCUGCCCCAGGUGAUGCAGGUGGUGACGCAGGACGGCUCGGGGACGCUGCACACCACCUACCUCCAAUGCAAAGUGAGCCGCCGCCAGGCUGGGGGGCGCGGGGCGUCCCUUGAGUCCCACCUCACCCCUGACCCCCCCACUCCCUGCAGAGGCGCGCGCUGGACCUGCUGCCUCCAGGCGGAGCUCUCAGCUGCCGGAUGCAGCCACACACACUCGGCCGUCACCCUGGGAGACUGGAGUGACCCGCUGGAUCCCGAUGCUGAGACGCAGAUGGUGUAUCGGCAGCUGCUCCUGGGGCGGGACCAGCUCAGGAUGAAAUUCCUGGAGGAUUUCAACAUGGAUUCAAGUCCGGAGGCAGACAUGGAGGACUCCGGUGUCAUGGAAGGGGCCUGUCCCGAUGCCCUGGCUGGGCAGAGAGAAGCAGCUUCCCGCCUGCUGGAGGUGCUGGAGGACCUGGAUCGAGCCCAUGAGGAGUUCCAGCAGCAGGAGCAGAGGAAGGCGGUCUCGGGUCCCCGCGGGCCCUGAGGAAAUGCUACAGGCAGCCUGGGGGAAGAAUGAGGAGCCACUGGGCCCGUCUCCGCGCACCCUGGCCCAGGAGUCUCCUUGCGACUGUCCUGUACCUUCUUCGUCGAUGCUGAGGCUUCUGGAGACCUCCCAGUCCCGUGUGCUCUAAGCCCAAAGCCUGGCGCAUGGAGGCAGGGGCCAGCCUCCCACGGAAGGAGUCUCACUCUCUGAGUUGACGGGGUUGAGGCAGACUGGAGUGGCUGGGAUAAGGAACCUGACUCAUUUGGCUCAGCCUGAGGUCUCUGCUUCUUGGGACCGGCCUGUACCCACCCCACUGAGGCUGCUGGAUACAGCUGUACCUGAAUCCCUCAUGCCCAUGUGGCCUUGUUGCCCCAGGCAAGCACUAAACGGGCUCAGCCCUUCCUGUU